AUGUUAACUGAUGAAGAGGCUACUCUUUAUGAUCGACAAAUUCGUUUAUGGGGUGCCGAUGCUCAAUUAAAACUUCGUCAAACACGUUUAUUACUUAUUAAUGUCAAUAGUUUAUCAAUAGAAGUAUGUAAAAAUUUAUGUUUAGCUGGUGUUGCUAGUAUAACGGUAUUUGAUAAUACACGUGUUACAUCAAAUGAUAUUGAAGAAAAU